GCAUUAAUGCCAAGAUGGCGGCGAUCAAAUGAUCCCGCGGCGAGACGCAACGAGAGAGCAAAACGAGAGAGAAGAUCGUUCCAUAUAUUUUCAGUUCAGUGAUAUACCUCAAUGAUUUUUCCCGAUUUUGCAGACGUUUUGGCUUCAACGAAAACUUGAUAUUGAUUGACAUGUUGCGCAUGAUUGUCCCAUAUCCGAAUCCAUGAGUCACUCAUCCACUUUUGUUUGAGUCGGCUUUUCGGUAUUUUCCGACGCAUAACGGUGGCUUAUAGACGGGACAACAUUUGUUAAAGUCUGGAGAUGGCAAAUUUCUUUUCCAUCGUGAUUGCAUUUAUGACAAUAUUCUUUUUUGAAAAAGCUAUAACUGACGAGAUACUGGGUUGUGGUGGUUUCGUCAAAUCCAAAGUGCAAAUAGAUUUCUCUAAAGUCGAGAUAAGGCUUCUGACACGAGAAGGAAUACAGAAAUAUCAGACUGAAUGUGCUCCGAAUAAUGGUUAUUACAUGGUGCCCUUUGUAGAAAAGGGGGACUUCGUCUUGAAGGUUCAUCCUCCAAAUGGAUGGAGUUUUGAUCCAAUGUCUAUUGAUUUACAUGUUGAUGGGGUAAAUGAUCCAUGUUCACAAGGAAAAGACAUAAAUUUUGAAUUUUUAGGAUUCACUGUGACUGGUCAGGUAACUAGUCCGGGAGUGUCAAAUAAUGGCCCUCAGGAUGUCAAUCUAACCUUGCUGACCCAAAAAGAAAAUAAGGUCAUUGCUACAACAACAUCAUCCACAGGAGGAGCAUUUCAGUUUUCAUCAGUAUUUCCAGGAAUUUAUAAAAUCCAAGCUUCUCAUCAAAGUUUCACAUUUAAACAGAAUGAAAUUCAAGUCACUGUAGCACAAGCAAAUGUCCAGUGUGCCUCAUCCAUUGUGGUAUCUGGUUAUGAUGUUCAUGGAAAAGUAUCUGCAGCUCAACUUCCUGUGAAAGAUGUUCACAUGUUGUUAUUCUCAAACAAGCAGCUUUCAGAAAAGGUGAAGGGUUGUAGUUCGUCACCUCCAGUUGGAUCAGAUAAUAUCAUAAAAACCCGGAAAUUAGUUUUUCUAUGCAGUGCUACUUCUGAACAAGGAUCAUUUGUAUUUCCUAAUCUUCCACCACAAGAUUAUGUCGUAGUUCCAUUCCACAAGGCAGAGCAUAUUGAAUUUGACGUCGAACCUGAAGAGAUGAAAUUUACAGUCUCUAUUGGAAGUGUGUUUCUUGAUAAAAAAUUUCAGGUCACUGGUUUUUCUGUCACUGGUCUAGUUCGUGAUACAGUUGGUGGAAAUCCUGUUGCCAAUGCUCAAGUGUUAGUGAAUGGCAAGCAACAAGCAGUUACAAAUGAGAAAGGAUUGUAUAGGUUACAACAUAUGAAUAGUGGAAUUUAUAAAAUUACUUUGGAAAAAGAAGACAUAUUCUUUCCAGAGUCAUCAGUUCGAGUGGGAUCUGAUACGCCACGUCUUCCGGAUAUUGUAGCGAAUAAGUUCUCACUUUGUGGAAAUGUGGAAAUAAACGUAAAACCGACAAAACCAUUUAAAAUUGAGCAGUUAUCUGUCAGUAUAUCAAACAAGAAUGGGGAAAACAAAAUAGUGGAAAAGUUGAAUAAAGAUGCUUCAUUUUGUUUUAGAGUCUCUCCUGGUGAAUACAACGUUGUCCCUGUUGUACCGCAAGGAAUUGCAACCUGGGGAAUUGUUCUUUCACCCGAUGUGCACAAGGUCACUGUUAAAAACAAACCAAUCAAAAACAUCAAAUUCAAUCAACUAGUUGCUAAUCUCAAAGUCUUGAUUCAUUGCAUUGGAAGUUGCCAUGGUGUCAGUGUUGAAAUGGUCAUGGAUGGAGAUACACAAAAAUCAUCUCAGAGAGUAUCAAGCAAGACAAAAGAAAAUACUGCUAACCUUGUUUUCAAGGAUGUCUUACCCAAUCAGUAUUCAUUGAAAGCUAUCCAUGAGGAUUGGUGUUGGGAAACGAAUCAAACAACAAUAUUUGUAUCUGGUGAUAAGAAAGAAGAAAAUGUCGCCGAAUUCAAACAAUUUGGUUUCAGAUUGACUUGUUCAAUAUCCCACGAUCUUGACAUGGCUAUUCAUCAUGAUGGAAUUCUAGUUGACACAUUUGCACUCAAGAAAGGCAGAAAUCAAUUAUGUCUUGCCAAACCUGGAAAAUAUAAGUUGGAAGCAAGAUCGUGUCAUAAGUUUGAGCAACAAAGUGUUAUCUACGAAACUGGCCAUCCACAGCCUGUUGUCAUGCAGGCAGUCAAUCAUGAAAUGAAGUUGCGAGUGGAAUCGACGCAUGCAGACAAACUUUUAAAACUCGUAAUAAAAUCAAAUGCAGAGUCGCAAGAUACUAUUUUGAAGCCUUCUGUGAUGAAAGAGAAGAAUUCCGAGUCUUACAUUUACUCAUCACAAUAUCUAGCAAAGGAUAAUGAGCAACUAGUUAUCACUCCAACUUCUGAAACAUUGCUCUUUGACCCCAAAUCAGUGAAUGUCGUUGUUAAAGCAGAGGAUUGCGACAAGGAUAUGGCGGUUUUCAAGGCUUUCAAGGGAUUGUUCAUUGAAGGCACUAUAACACCUAGUAUAGAAGAUGUGGAUAUCACUGUCACUGCUCAAGAUGAAACACAGAAAACCAGUCUAAUUAAAACAGACAAAAAUGGAAAAUAUAGGGUUGGCCCACUGAAUCCAAGGGUUAAAUAUUCAAUAUCUGCAGUGAAGGAAGAAUAUGUAUUUAUACAAGAUACGAAGAAACAGGAGAAUUUUGAAGCUAAAAAAUUAUCCAAAAUUGACUUCAAGGUUAAAAUGAAAGAUGGAGAACAACAACCACUGUCCGGGGUUUUGAUAACAAUAAGUGGUGGAUCUUACCGAAGUAACAAUUUAACUGACGAGGAAGGAAAUUUAUCAUUAAAGAAACUUGAGCCUGGUCAAUAUUACUUCAAAGCAGUCAUGAAAGAAUAUGAAUUUCAACCAUCAUCGCAGGUUAUUGAUCUCAAGCAAGGGGAUCAACUUACGAUUGAAGUAAAGGGAAAAAGAGUAGCCUUUAGUUGUUUUGGAAUGGUUACAUCACUGAAUGGACAACCUGAAAGUGACGUCGCAGUUCAAGCAUUUUCUAUCAGUGAGAAUGUUGAUCAUGCGGAAGAAGCAAAUUCUGAUGAACAAGGACAAUUUCGCAUCAAGGGUCUUUUACCAGGAACAAAGUAUGAAGUUAAAGUGAAAAAAUCUGAGUUGUUUGAUCGAAUGUCGCCGUCACAAGUCUCGAUCAAUAUAAAAGAUGGAGAUGUAAAGGAUGUUCGAUUCAUAGCGUUUCGUACUUCUUCUCAAUUUGAACUCAGUGGAAAUGUGGUUACAAAUAAUGAGUUUCUAAGAUAUUUAAAGGUUGUCCUCUACCAGUCAUCAGAUCUUUCAACGCCGGUUCACAGUGCAAGUUUGUCGUCUUCACCAUUUUUUCACCUUCCAUCUCUUCUUCAAGAUGAUAAAGAAUAUCAUAUCAGACUUGAAACGAAUUUAGACAAAUCCAGAUAUACGUACACAGAACCAGCUGCUGGCUUUUUCGCCACUGGAACUUAUAAGCACAUUACUUUCCAGUUUCACCCCGAAAUGAAAGCAGUUGAACCAGAUACACCUCAAGCAUCAUACAUCACACUCCCACUCACUCUAAUCUUCAUAUUACUAGCUUAUAAUCAUACAAAGGUUCUACCCUGGCUUCAACAAUUGUCAGAUCGUGUUUAUUCUACUUAUUUCAAUGGUCGACGGGAUGGAAGCGAAUCUACACAAACGAAACAAACCGGUCGUAAAGCGAGAAAAGACAAGUAAUAAUAAAUUCAACAUGGAAAUAUGAAAAUUUAUUGAUUGUGUUUUCGAGUGAUUCGAAUGAAUUUGGAGCUUUCUCAGUAUAGAUCUUGCUAAAUUGAACUGUUGAAAACAUCUGCCGAUAUCUAAAAUAGUUAGCGUAAAUAAUUUUGUUCAUAAAUUUUUAUCUUCACAUUGUAUUUUAUGCAGAAAACACCAUGACAUUUAAUAUGGACUUAGUUGCAAAAUAACAGUUAAUCUAACUCCAGAUGUCAAUAAUGGUCAAACAUAUAUUUUGACAUGUUCAAUGAUAUAAAGCAAAUUCACUAAUUUUUCAGCUUUUUUCGAUAUGACGUUGACUUUGACACAUUGUCUUUCAUCCUCUGUCCAAUUAUUUAUCUGCUGUAUUUUCUCCUGUUUAUAGAAUUUGGAGUUGAAUAUUGGAAAUGAUUAUUUUGCAUUUUUUCUCCAGUGCGUUCAUGUAUGUAAUUCAUUUUAGUUAAGUGCAGUGUGGGUGCAGUGCAAGAAACUACUACUCUUCAGCUUAAAUUUAGAUUGCUGUUUUUGACUAUAUCGUACAUAAUACUGUUAGGUAUUCAAUUUGUGCCGAUAUCCUUGUCUGCCCAUUGAAGUAUCUUGGAAUUAAUUGCCCUUUGUUUUCUAUUUAACAAAAAAACGGAUUGAAAAUAAUUGUCCUUUUUUUGGUUUUAAGGUACCUUAAAGCUUAAUGGCUUUCUAAUUUAUAUUGUUGAAUGUUUCAAUUUUUGUAUUUUGUGUCGUAUACUGGUAUGAUGUGUAGUGAAAAUAAAUUUCUAUGCACACAUA